CUGCUUCUUCCUCCCGCCAGGGGCAGCUCUCACCCACGGAGCCUACUUACACCCGCCCCGCACUGUCUGGAGAGGGCAGCGGCCACCCCGACGGAGACAGCGGUCCAUGGCCAGCUCUGAAGAUGACCCGACCAUAUUCAGUGCUCACUGCCUGCCCAGUGACCCCAGGCUCUGGGCCACUGUAACGAACUCAUACCUAGGUACACGUGUAUAUCGUGACACCAUCCAUAACGGUGUGUACAAUGGAGCUGGGGGCGACACUCACCGGGCAGUUCUGCCCAGCCCCCUCAAUGUCCAGCUGGAAGCCCCUGCAGGAACAGAGCGGCUGACAGAGACCUUUACCCUGGACACCAACACAGGUUCCUUCCUCCGCACCCUGGAAGGCCCCAGCUUCCGGGCUUCCCAAUGCAUCUAUGCUCACCGUGUGUUAGCCCAUGUACUAGCCUUCAGCGUGUCCAUUGAACGCUUGACCACAGGGAAUGAACCCAUCACAGUGCUGCUACAGACAGACUUCUCCCCAGAAAGCCCAGACCUGGACCUGCGCGUGGGGCCUGACUUCCAGGGACUCCGGUACCUGCACGGCCACACACUCACCCCUGAGCAGCCUGGAGAGCCACAGCAGGAAGUGCAUAUGCUAUGGAUGCCGGCUCCGCCAGCCUUGACCCUUGGGGAAGAGGAGAAGCACAGGACCUGGGAGUUUCUGACUGUUGUGGGUUCCAGUCAGGCUGAAGUCCGGGACUGCUUUGCUGAGGCCCAACAGCUGCAGACCAGGGGCCUUCUGUAUACAAUCCAUGCAGACUCCUGGGGCCGGCUCUGGAAAGGUUGUGGCCUGGAUGUGGCUGGGCCCCUGGCCCUGCGCCAGGCCCUUCGUGGCUCUCUCUACUACCUGUUCAGUGAGCUUCCCCAGCCUGGCACUCAAGGAUCCAUCAGCCAUGGGCUUAGCCCCGGAGGCCUCUCCAAUGGGAGUCGAGAGGAAUGCUACUGGGGCCAUAUCUUCUGGGAUCAGGACCUCUGGAUGUUCCCAAAUAUUUUGAUGUUCCACCCGGAAGCUGCCAGGGCCAUCCUAGACUACCGAGUCCGUACACUGGGAGGAGCCCUGAAGAAUGCCCAGCACCUGGGCUACCAGGGAGCCAAGUUUGCUUGGGAGAGUGCAAGCACUGGCCUAGAGGUCUGCCCUGAGGAUAUUUAUGGGACCCAGGAGAUCCACAUCAACGGGGCUGUGGCCUUGGCCUUUCAGCUGUACUACUAUUACACCCAGGACCUGCAGCUCUUCCAAGAGGCUGGCGGCUGGGAUGUGGUCAGUUCCGUGGCUGAGUUUUGGUGCAGCCGCGUAGAAUGGAGCUCCCAGGACAAGAUGUACCACCUGAAAGGAGUCAUGCCCCCUGAUGAGUAUCACUCAGGAGUCAACAACUCGGUGUACACCAAUGUCCUGGUCCAGAACAGCCUGCACUUCGCUGCUGCUUUGGCCAAGGACUUGGGUUUGCCUGUCCCCAAACAGUGGCUGGAGGUGGCUGAUAACAUCAAGAUACCAUUUGAUUCUGAGCAGAACUUCCACCCUGAGUUUGAUGGCUAUGAGCGUGGAGAAGAAGUGAAACAGGCCGAUGUUGUGCUCCUGGGAUAUCCAGUCCCCUUUCCCCUGAGACCUGACAUCCGAAGGAAAAACUUGGAGACUUAUGAGGCCGUGACAUCCCCCCAGGGCCCUGCUAUGACCUGGAGCAUGUUCGCUGUGGGCUGGAUGGAACUGAAGGACCCCUCGAGGGCUCAGGUCCACCUGAGCAGGAGUUUUGCCAAUGUCACUGAGCCCUUCAAGGUGUGGACAGAGAAUGCAGAUGGGUCUGGUGCAGUGAACUUCUUGACAGGCAUGGGGGGCUUCCUGCAGGCGGCACUCUUCGGGUGCACAGGAUUCAGGAUCACUGCGGCAGGUGUGACCUUUGACCCCCUGUGUCCAGACCUGGUCUCCAGAGUAUCUGUCUCUGGGAUCUCCUUCCUGGGGAACAAGCUCAACUUCACCUUUUCCAAGGACUCAGUGACACUUGAGGCCACAGCCCAUGCAGAGCCCUGGGCACCCCUGCUAGAAGCUGAGCUGUGGCCAUCAAUGACCCGGCUUCCCCUGACACCAGGACAGAAGGUCUCCUUUCCCCACUCGGCUGGCCGAAUACAAAGGUCAUCCCCAUAGCUGCCCAGAAAUUCUUCAGUGUUUCUUGAUGGGAGUUUUGACAUUAGAAGUCCCUUUCAGAGCCGGGCGAUGGUGGCGCAUGCCUUUAAUCCCAGCACUUGGGAAGCAGAGGCAGGUGGAUUUCUGAGUUUGGGGCAAGCUUGGUCUACAGAGUGAGAAGAAGAAGAGGAGGAGGAGGA